AUGGGGCGCGUCCUGCCGGUCCUGCUGCUCCUGGCGCUGCCCUGUGCGGUCGCCGUGCUGCCUACGGGCAUCCUGUCGCUGGAUCUGCUUCCUCAGUCCCCCAAUGAGCCUCCAGCCUUCGCAGAGCAGUUUUGUUCGCCCAGUGCCGCCGCCGGAUGGGGCGUCUCACUACCUGCACGCUUCGAUUCCCGCUGGAAGACACUGGUACAAGUACCGAUAUCGAAUCGUGACGGCUGCGAGCCAUACGAGCUUGAACCUGCUACGUCAUUACACGGAUCUAUGGUGCUUGUAGACCGCGGCAACUGCUCGUUCGUCACUAAAGCGCUGAACGCUCAAGCUGCAGGAGCUAAAGGAUUAAUUAUCAGAGGGACUAAGAGAGCUGUGUACGAGGCCAUAGUUAGUCAUAAUAGCACAAACUCCAGUACGUUAUCAGAUAGCCACAAUGCUGAGCCAACUACCAGUUUAGCGGUGAUGGAUAAGCCAGUAUUCGAGUACGACUGCAGUAAAGGGGAGGCCUUUGUGGAUAAACUAGCGACGCCCGAGUGGACUACAGACGCUGAGCAAUGCAGUGGAGACCAUGGAUGCUCGUUCAAGUCGUGUGUGCUCACAGGCCACACGAAAAUGCAGGAGAGUGGCAAGAAAUAUCAGGUAUGCUGUAUGUGGGACACAUUCGUGCUCAUGGGCGUCACCAACCGGACGGUGGCGAAAGAGCUAGAGAUCCCCGUGGUGUACGUGACCAUAGCCAACGGACACAAGCUGCAAAAAGCCAUUGACAAACACUCAACUUCGUUGGUGGCACGUACGUAUCGACGGGAGCUGCCAUUCAUCGACGUAUCGUCGGUACUGUUGUGGGCGCUGGGUGUCGCUACUGCUCUUGGGGCGACGUACUACUCGGCCAGUCCAUUGAGACGCCAGGACAGUACAUUUUAUGAGCCGAAGCAACGUGGUGAGGAUCUACACGAGGAGAGUAGUCGUGAUGAUGUCUGGGAGCUGGAUGCUAGACACGCUGUGGGUUUUAUUGCGCUGGCUGGCGUUUUCUUGACGGUGUUCUACUACGUCAAACUAGGCGGUGUAAUUCCAGUGCUCUUCGCUGUAUCUGGUGCUGCUACACUGGCUCAAGUAGUGGGAACGCCUGGUAUGGAGAGGUUGAUGCCGAGUUCGGCGUCUCGUGAGGUCACAAUCCCGUUGUUAGGCGAUACUGCACGGUUGUCUGAGGUGCUUGGGCUCCUGUUUAGUAUUUCGGUUGCGGUUGUGUGGUAUCUACACAGACGCACGUACUGGGUACUGCAAGAUAUUAUGGGGAUUUCGCUCUGCUUCGUGUUCCUACGGACUGUGCAGCUACCAAAUCUCAAGGUGGCUACGAUUCUGCUUACUCUGGCCUUCUGUUACGACGUCUUCUUCGUGUUCUUGUCGCCAAUCUUCUUCGGUUCCAGCGUCAUGGAAGAUGUGGCAACUGGUGGGCCUGCAGCGUACACUAAGACUGGCUAUCCAGGUGUGGACUACUGCGAACGAUACCCGAAAUAUCCGGCAUGUAUUGACCCAGAACCGAUGCCGAUGCUGCUUGUGUUGCCACGUAUAAUGGACUGGGCCGGUGGGGCCAGCAUGCUCGGGCUUGGUGACAUUAUUCUGCCCGGUAUGCUCCUCUCCUUCACGCUACGUUUCGACUACGCCCAUGGCUCCACGAACUACUUCCGUCUUAUGGCGAUUGGCUAUGCCGUGGGUCUAGCACUCGCAAACUUAGCGGUCAUGAUCACGGAUAUGGGUCAACCGGCGCUCAUGUACCUCGUUCCAACCACUUUGGGCUCGCUUGUCAUCGUGUCGAAGCGAAACGGAGACUUCCGAGCCAUGUGGAUUGGUGCAGGAGUCGAUGAAGAAGACGUGAAGAGAAGGAGCAGUGACGGACCGGGAUAUAAUGCUGUUGAGUCGGAGGAACCGCCCACAGGAAUCACUAUCGAUCCGCUAGGAAGAGGAAACGACAAUUCAAGAGGAGGAGAUCACGUACCGCUAUUGAGCUCAUCAAGCUCUUAG